AGGAAAGCAGACCAUCAAAAAGUUCUCUCGGCUUAUGGAUUGAAUAAAAGCCGAUAAUAGCCGAUGAUAAGUUUCGCCAACGGAUGAGAAACAUAUUCGAUUAUUUCCAGGGUUCGAUCGCUUUUCGAACGUUCGAACUGAAAAAUAAUACGACGUGUUGCGCAUUUAAAAGCUGGCAUGCGUUGGCUUGCAACAUUCACGCUUGGAUAACGGUCAUCCCGCACAUUAUUAUAUCACGUUCAAUUGCAUAACGCGCGCGAAGACUCAUUCCCUCUUUCCUGUAGUUCGCUCAUUUGUAAAAUUAUUUGUCGGGCACGUUUUCUUCGUUUUUCUUCUUUUUUUUUUGAGCUAGCCGAUGCGCGGUCGUUGACGGGACAGUAAUUAUCGAUUAGAUACUCAAGACUUUUUGCGCGAUGCAGGUGUACGACGCGAUAAUGGAUCUAAGAAUGUACAGUAAAGUCGAUAACGGCCCUCGAUAUGCCAGCGGCCAUUGCGAUAAAAACCGAUCAGUCGUCGAGUCGUUCUCCGAAAAACGAAGGCACGAUGAUCACGACCAUCUGCUUGCUGGCCGUCGCCACCUCGGCGUUUUCAUACGAAAUACCAUUCCGUGGACUAAGCUCGAUUUGUAAAUCCGCUGCUGACUGCCAUGUAGAAAAUUCGAAUUGCAGUAAACAAGGGUUAUGCGAGUGUCGCUCAGGUUACAUUAGAGACGGUUCACUGACCAGAUGCUUAAAAGUGGCGAACGGCUACUACGACACGUGUGAAGAAAGCGUCCAGUGCUCGGCAUUUCUCGACGCAGGCGGCACGUGCGAUCGUCCCAACGAGCAAUGCGUCUGCACAGAAAACUAUCAUUACCUGCAUGGGCGAUGUUUCGAGACCAAAGGACUGGACGAGCCGUGCGAUCGCGACGAGGAAUGCUUCGUGAACGCGGAUUACCAGGCGGCCUCGUGUCGAGACGGAAAAUGCAAGUGCAGCGAGGGCUUCUACCAGCGCGAGUACACCACCUGCCGACCGGCUGCCAAAAACAUCGGCGAUGAGUGCGCGCUCGACUCCGAUUGCGCUUUCAUUGAGAACGCCAUCUGCACGUCGAACGUGUGCACCUUGGACAACGGAAGCCCUCGCGUGGACAGCCAGGACGGGGGCGGCGAGGCAAUGGUUGCGACGCACAGGACGCGCGAGGACGACGCGGAGCUUCCGUUCGUGGCACGAGUCCGUUUGUCGGGCGGCAUUGUCGUCGGCGAGAGCCAAUGCAAGGCCGACCUCGAUUGCAAGCUGCUGGAUCACUCCGUGUGCGCGGCCAACAACACCUGCGUCUGCGAUCGCGGCUACUUCGCCAUCAGAGACCAAACCGCGCGUGGCGGCCCUGUCGACGGCUGCGUUCCCGAGAUCGGCACGUCCUGCAGUGCCGAGCAAGCGAAAUCGAACUUUAGCGUCGGAUUCUCGACCUGCAAGAACGGCGCGUGGACGUGCGACAUCGACCGAGCUGCUCUCAAAGAUAACCGGCUGUGCCGAAAAUUCGCCAAAACAAUUGGCGCUAAGUGUAUCCAUCCGGAGGUCUGUUAUUUGUUCGGGCCUCGGGCCAAAUGUGCGGACGGGAAAUGCACGUGCGACGAGGCCAGUCACUGGGUGGCCAAGGAAAAAUUUUGCUGGAAGUACAGUAAAAUCAAGCAAGGCUGUAAGAAUGAUUAUGAAUGUUACUCUAGAGGAGAUGAUUACAUUCCAAAGUGUACUUCGGGCAUUUGUACUUGUCCAAAGGGCUCCGUUGCAAGCGACGACGGUGGAUAUUGUUACAGUAGUAAGCCAGUGAUUCUGAGCAGAAUAUUUUACGUCUUGCAGUGUUUGGAUCUUACUGCGAAAAGACCGAAGAGUGCAAAGCAAUACCAAAUGCCAGUUGUGAAAAUAAUAAAUGCGCGUGCUCGAAAACGUUUUUCCAACGCGAGCAACAGUGCGUCAAAGGCACAUCGAAAGGUAUUCUGCUCUCUUUCAGGCUUGAACGCCGCAUGCGAAAAUGACGACGAGUGCAAGCUGGAAAAUACUGCGUGUUUGACAGUCGACAAUGCGAAAACGUGCCGAUGCACUUCGGAUUUCACCGUCGGCUCGGGCAACGAGUGCAUCAAAAAGUCGCAUUACAAGGAAGCUUGCACCGAGGACGUGCAGUGCUCGGCCGCGGUCGAGAAUACAUUCUGCAACGCCACAGCGAGCCGAGAUUAUGACGGCAACAAUGAUGAAGACGCCAGUGGACGUUGCGAUUGUAUCGGCGAUCACUAUUUCAACACCGAGGCUUGCUACAGAAAAAGAAAGUUAGGACAAGACUGCAAGAGCGAAAGGGAAUGCUUUACUACAUCGUCGACAGGCGUUUGCAAGAAUAGCGUUUGCUCGUGUGAUGUUGAUUUCGUUCAAGUUGGCGAAGAUUGCAGAUCGAAAAACUCGUCGGCCGGACUGUUAUUUGACACGAGGCUGCUGCUGGCGAUCGUAGCGAUCGUAACGGCGAUUUCUUAAUCAGACAUCGUCUCGGGGCAAUUUUCCAGGCGUUCGGAUCUUGAUCGGCAUGCUGUUGCUUGUUUGUUUCUGUAAUCGCGCGUACACCUCCGAAAAUUAAAGUCUCCUUUACUUCAGAACCCAGUGACUGUUUUAACGUAGAACAUUCCUUUGUCUCCAGUGCGCGAAGGUUCGAUUGGGCAGACCCCCCCUCCCGAAAAUACCACUGU